GACCCACGUGUUUUUCUUCGAAAAUUGUUUAAUUUGUGAUAUUAGUAAUAUUACUUAAUAAAUUCUGUAUUUAUCACACAAAAUAAUAUGUCCAACGAAAACGAAGAACCUAUGGAAGAGAGUUCAUCUGAAAGCGAGGAGGAUGGGGAAAACGAUGACGGACCGAAGACCUAUCUUCCUGGGCAGCCGCUGAAAGAAGACGAACAGCUCGUAUGUGACCAAUCGGCUUACGUGAUGCUGCAUCAGGCACAGACUGGAGCGCCGUGUCUGAGUUUUGAUAUCGUACCUGAUAACCUAGGAAAUGAUAGACAGCAGUUUCCAAUGACCUCUUAUUUAGUCGCCGGCACACAGGCGUCUAGUGCACAUUUAAAUAAUUUGCUAGUAGUAAAGAUGUCGAACUUGCAUCCAACGUCGAAAGCAGAAGGUGAAGAAGAGUCAGAUGAUGGUGAAGAUGAGGAUGAGGAAGAAGAUGAGGAAAAGAAACCACAAAUGACUUUCUCCUUUAUAAAACAUCAAGGAUGUGUUAACAGAAUAAGGGCUACCACUUUUAGAAACUCUGUCUUAGCUGCCAGUUGGUCAGAGCUAGGAAGAGUAGAUGUGUGGAACAUAACACAGCAAUUACAAGUAGUUGAUGACCCCAUCCUCCUUGAGAGAUACAACUUGGACACAGUUACAAACCCUGUGAAGCCAUUGUACUCAUUUAGUGGUCACCAGCAGGAGGGAUUUGGGAUGGACUGGUGUCAAACUGAACCUGGAGUUUUAGCAACAGGUGAUUGUAGGAGAGAUAUUCACAUAUGGAAACCACAUGAGGCUGGUACUUGGGAUGUUGAUCAACGCCCUCUGGUGGGUCACACAAGUUCCGUUGAAGAUAUUCAAUGGUCACCCAAUGAAAGAAAUGUCCUAGCAACAUGUUCAGUUGACAAAAGCAUAAGGAUAUGGGACACUAGAGCAGCACCACAUAAAGCUUGCAUGCUGACAGCUGACAAUGCACAUGACAGUGAUGUUAAUGUUAUAUCAUGGAACAGUAAAGAACCUUUCAUUGCCAGUGGUGGUGAUGACGGUUUCCUUCACAUAUGGGAUUUACGGCAGUUUGCAAGUAAAACACCAGUAGGGACGUUUAAACAUCAUACAGCGCCAGUGACUUCAGUGGAAUGGCAUCGGACGGAACCGAGCGUGCUUGCAUCCGCCGGCGAAGACCACCAAGUUGCGCUGUGGGACUUAGCUGUUGAACGCGAUGAUGAUGAAAUUAUUGAUGAGGAAUUGAAGAAUCUGCCACCUCAACUACUGUUCAUCCAUCAAGGGCAAAACGACAUCAAAGAACUGCAUUGGCAUAAGCAAAUACCCGGCGUCAUAGUAACUACUGCUCAUACUGGAUUUAAUAUAUUUAAAACUAUUAGUGUAUAA